AUGUCCGAUUUUAAAAGCUUAGGCGUACCAAAAUGGUUAGCUGAUUCUUUAAAUGCCAUGAAAAUCACAAAACCAACAGAAAUCCAAAAGCAUUGUAUCCCUGAAAUUUUAAGUGGCAAGGAUUGUAUUGGUGGAGCAAAAACAGGUAGCGGUAAAACCAUUGCAUUUGCAGCACCGAUGUUGAGUAGAUGGAGUGAAGAUCCUAGCGGGAUGUUUGGUUUAAUUUUGACACCUACGAGAGAAUUAGCCAUGCAAAUUGCCGAGCAAUUUACUGCAUUAGGAAGCUCCAUGAAUAUUAGGGUUUGUAUAUGCGUUGGUGGAGAAGAUAUUGUCAAGCAAGCCAUCGAAUUAGAAAGGAAACCACAUUUUAUUAUAGCUACGCCCGGUAGAUUGGCACAUCAUGUUUUAAAUGGUGGAGACCAAGUUGUCAAAGGAUUAAAGAGAGUCAAAUUCCUAGUACUAGAUGAAGCCGAUAUUUUGUUGACCAACACUUUUAGUAGUGAUUUAGUAAGAUGCGUUUCUGCAUUACCACCAAAGGAUAAAAGACAAAACUUGUUAUUUACAGCAACAAUGACCGAUCAAGUAAAGCAGUUGCAAAAAAAUGGUAGCAAACCUUGUUUCAGCUAUCAGGUGGAAACUGUCGAUAAUAUAGCCAUUCCAUCAACUUUGAAAAUCGAUUAUUUAUUAGUACCUGAGCAUGUUAAAGAGGCUUAUUUAUACCAAAUACUGAGCAGCGAGGACUAUCAAUCAAAAAGUGCCAUUGUAUUUGUUAAUAGAACAGCAACAGCAGAAAUAUUAAGAAGAACUUUGAAAAGUUUAGAUAUAAGAGUAGCAUCGUUACAUUCCCAAAUGCCACAGCAAGAAAGAACAAAUUCAUUACAUAGAUUUCGUGCAUCUGCUGCCAGAGUAUUGAUUGCUACUGAUGUAGCCAGUAGAGGUUUAGAUAUCCCAGUUGUUCAAUUAGUAGUUAACUAUGAUAUUCCAGCAAAUCCUGAUACAUUUAUUCAUAGAAGCGGUCGUACGGCACGUGCUGGUAGAAAAGGUGAGGCAUUAUCUUUUGUAACGCCGAAGGAUGUUGAACGUAUACAUGCUAUUGAAGAGAGAAUUAAUAAAAAAAUGGAAGAGUUCACAGGUGUUCAUGAUACGGCUGUUAUUAGAAAGGCUUUGAGCAAAGUUACGACGGCUAAAAGGGAAAGUAUUAUGUCUAUGGAAAGGGAAAACUUUGGUGAACAAAGAAGGGUACAAUUAUUGAAAAAAAGUUCAAAUAACGGUAAUAUUAGUAAGAAAAGUUAUAGGCGAUAA